UGACGUCACGCAGCCGGAGAGCGUGCGGCUCUGUAUCAUGAGCUCGCGACCGCCGGCGGUUAAACAGGGAAGCCUGGAGAAAGUCUUCAACCGAAACCACACAGCGACACUUACUGUAAAAACAGCAUGUUUUAACCAGUCUAACGCCUCGGAAGCUGCUGGACUCAGAGCCGAAGAGUUUAACUGACCCUGGAAGUCGUUUCCGCCGAUAAAGUUGACGGUGUUUGGGGCGAACUUGUCCCGAGUUGUUGCGGUGGACGUUAGCGACGACAAAACAAGAGGAGGAAUAAUGUCGCUGCUGUCUCUAUUUUGACCCAGCUCCAUUUCCCCCAGACAGACAGGAGCAGGACAAGUAAGGAGAGAGAAAGAGGGAAAGAAAGUAAGGAGAAAUGGCCGAAGCACGACCAGAAGAGGAGGAGGAAAACAUGGUGAGGGACACCCGGGAACAAGUGGUUCGAAGACAGCCGAACAGCUCCGGAGGUCGUCCUGACCGGCGUAAGCCCGAGCAGCGUCAGAGCCAGGGUCCACUGUCGUCCAUCAGAGCAGUCAUCAAGAGAACCUCCGCCAGGCCAACAUCUCUCUCUGAGGUGCCGCGAGACAGAGAGCGAGACAGAGAGCGAGACAGAGAGCGAGACAGAGACAGGAGGCGACCAGAAAUUACCAUCCUGUCAGCGGAGCCUCUGGCCUCCACAUCCUGGUUCCCCGGGGCCUCUGCAGGAUUUCCACCUCCCCCUCCUCCUGCCGCACAGAUCUGGGGACCCACAAUCCCUCCGUCCAUACAGCCUCCUCCUUCCUAUGAGGAGGUGAUCAGGGAGAAGACACAGGAGCAGGUUCUCCUUCCUCCUCCGUCCACUUCCUCCUCCUCUUCCUCCUCCUCCUCCUCUUCGUCACGUCCAGCUACUACAAUAACCAUUGCCACCCAGACUGACCCAGGAUCUUCCCCCGACCCACAAGACUCACAGGCGAAACGACCAGUGAAACCACCACGGCCGCCUCUCCCAAGCCCUCCCAAACCGUCUAACGUUGAUGACCUCACUAUCACGGCCAGCCAGUCAACACCCACCAACCUCGACAGUAACGGCGUUGUACCAAACAGUCACCCUGAGACGGUCACACACGGCGCCGCUCAGACACAACUUUGUUCACCUUUGACCUCAACCUCCGGAGCUCAGACUGACCAGUGGGAUCAGUCUGUUGCGGCCGUUGACGUGGCACCUCCUCCUGUCACUUCCUCUCACGUCCCGUUGGAGCGUCCCAAGCCACGACCCCGUUCCAGGCUCAGUGUACAGCCGAUCAGCAGCGAGGUCAAAGUUCAGACUUUGGUGAAACUGCGUGACGACGGUUUGGCCACGCUAGCUGCCCGCAGUGGAUCUGACGCUGCUAACCAGGAGGUGAGUCAGGGGAAGUACCUGCAGGAGCUCCUCGAGGCCUUCAGCAGCGACGACUGGGGCUUUCCAGAACGCCGCAGCGACAGCAGUGAGCACAGCCAAUCAGAGAGCGAGGACGGAGAGGACGAGGAGGACAUGGCGACUCUGAAAGCGAGGAUACAAGCCUUUGAGCAGCAGCAGCAGCAGCAGCAGGUGGCUGAUGGGAGCUGUGGCGACAGCAGAGACCUUGUUGUCACAAAGAGACCUGAACCCCGGCCACGCCCUCGUCUCCAGGGGCAACCAGCCAAGUCUGUCCCUCCUAUUGUCGCCCCGAAACCCAAAAACGUUUCACAUUCCCCCAAACCAUCCGGUAAGGCAUUCUGGGAAGAUGAUGGCGGGACAGCAGGAGCGGCAGACACGGGGAUCAUUGAGGCUUUGAAAACAACAGAAGCUCCUUCUACAGACUUAAACCCUCAAACUGCCACCGAGCCUGGUACCCCAUGCCUCGCCUCUGCCUCGCCCCCUGUCCCGGCCCCCAGGCCCUCUCCGCCCAAACCUACCCCGUCUGUCGGUGAGACCCUUCCACCAGCCAACCCCAAACCUCCACCCAGACCUCCAAUCGCCCCCAGGGCCAGCGUAGGAGCCCUGAACCCUGAUAAGAGCACGGCUGCUGGGCGCACCACCCCACCUCUGCCCCCGAGACCCUCUGCAGAGGUCGGCAGUGGAGCGCAGACAGAGACUCAGGCUGGAAGAGAAGAGGCACAGGACGCUGCAAACCAAACUGUGAAAGUAGGAAGUGGUCGUCCGGGCAUCCCGAGCAAACCAGCAGCACUGACCUCACCACACAGAGCCAGCACUCCACACCUGGCCCCCAAACCCACCGGAGCCCCACCAGCACCUCCAGAUCCAAACCCAGUUCUACCCAAACCUACAGCUGCAUCCCCACCCAUAGCACCCAAACCUUCAGGACCGGCCCCGGUUCCGACUCCAGGGCUCAAACCCCCAACCCCGUCUCCAGCUCCGGCCCUGAGGAAAGGCCCCGUGAUCCUGACCAAACCGGAAACUACCAGCCCUGCAAACCCAAACUCCUCAGACCCUUCUCUCCCUCCACGGCCUUCAAGUGUGAAGCCCCUGCCUUUCCGUCCUCCACCAAUCAAGUCCAUCCCUGGGCGGCCACCUCCUCCAGCCAUCAACUCAAUUUCCACGGCCAACCAGAAGACGCCUCCUUCUGCCAAAACAAGCCCCGCCUCCUCCGUUUCCCCGGCCAGCCGGUCUUCGCCUUCGCAAACCAGGUCAUGCCCUUCUCCUGUAUCAGCCAGUCAGGUGCAGUCUCAAAAGGCACUUAAGAGGGGACCACCUCUGCCCCCCCGCCCUAAACCUGGACACCCUCUCUAUAACAGCUACGUGAAACAGGAAGUCCUCAUCGUUCUGGAUGACCCGAGCCCCUCAGAGCCUCUAUCAGGUGAAGGGAGGAGUCAAACCGCCGUCACCCCACUCAUCAAACCCUCAGAGUGUCUCCUGGACCUGGACACCCAACCAGAGCCUGCUCCUGAUCAGGACAGCCAAUCAAAACUUCCCUUGGAGGGCCUCAACCUAUUAGACUCCCAGUCCAUUCUGCCUGUGCAGCCGACAGAGCAGAAAGAACAGCCAGACCCUCCUCCUGUCAGUGGUCCUCGGUGCGUCGCCUUGUUUGAUUACGAAGGAGAGGAGGAUGACGAGCUCACCUUCUCCCAGGGUGAUGUCAUCGCCCUCCUGGCACUCAUUGGGCAGGAGUGGGGGCGGGGCCAGAUCCACGGGCGAAUCGGGAUAUUCCCCCUGAGUUUCACUGAGGUGGUGGAGCCGCCCCCACAGCCGGAGUCGUCACCGGGGGAAACGGCAAAACCAGCAUCCACAGAAACCACAAAGAUAGAAACUACCGCACCAAAGACGCCACAGCACCCAGAGUCAGAGGCAAAGGAGUGGGCUGUGGCUGUGUUCGACUUCCCCGGUCAGACCGCAGAGGAUCUGUGCUUCCACAAGGGGGCGCUGAUUCAAGUGACGGAGCACAUCGAUGCUGAGUGGAGGAGAGGAAGACUGGAGGGGAGGGAGGGGAUUUACCCCGCAGCCUUCACACAGUCCUGCCAGGCUCAGCCAAUCCCAGGCGAGCAGUCAGCCGUUAAAGGAGUGGCCAAGUUUGAUUUCACACCAGAGAGCGAGGAUGAGCUCAUGCUAAAGGUCGGUGACAUUAUAACGCAGGUGGAAUCUGUGGACGAGCAGUGGAUUAUGGGACUUGUGGGCGGGAAGCGUGGGAUUGUGCCUAAAAACUACAUUUCCCUUCUCUGAUGAGGAAAUCAGCCAAUAGGAAACGCUCGAUGUCUUUCUUUCGCCUUGUGCUGCCUCUCUCUGUAAAAAGGUGUGUUUGUUUUGAACUGGCAGCCUCCUCCUUCCGCGGCCUGUCAACGCUACAGACAGUUUUUCCUGUGGGCUGCUUUUGAUAGUGGAGUGCUGCGUACACGUGGACACAUGUGAAUUCUGGUCCACAGUUUCCAAAAACUUUCAGGCAGUUUUUAAUGAAACAAAAGCAGCCUGGUCCGUUUUUAUUGGUACUUCGGUUACUAAAUUGGAGAGACGGGAACUCUGAGGUGUGAUUGGACCGUCAGUUUGAUUGACAACCUCGCUCUGGCACCUCCCGCUCUGCUCACUACUGGCAUUAAGACCAAGAGAGGGAGGGGCUUUCGCUGCCUAAAUGAUGGAGUAAAACGGAUAUCACGCUGUUGGUUUUCAUCUCGACGUCGUGCUGCGACUCUGUGCUCCUGAGUUAUUUUCAACCUGGACUGGAUUUAAUUAUCUGUUAGUGACUGACCGGCCAGUGGAUCCUUGUGCUCCUGAAGCUCAACAGUUUUAGCCCCGCACCAGUGCAAAUGGUUAAAAAUUAUCCGCAUGAUGGGAAAUUCUGGAGAAAAUAUAAUGUAGGUUGGAUGCGGCUGGUUUGAAGAGUCGCUGUUAGAGGACUUUUCCCCUUUGAGUCUGAUCACAGAUGUUUAACAAAGACUGAUUAAAACUGUUAUCAUGUGUCUGUGGACACAUUUUUUAAAAUCAGGCUCACUUACAGUAUUCAAACUAGAAAGUCUCAACUCAGCAGGUUUAUAGAGGAGGACCUCUCAGUUAAAUCUACAUUUAUUUUAAACACAGUGUACCACGAAGAACAUUAUUCUCAUCCUGAGCCAGAGGAGAUUAGAAAACUGAAUAAUGUGGAGCUCUAAGCUGAUUGGCUGCUGGGCUUUAACAGCUCUGAGCUGGAGGCAGAAGCCUCCUGAGGGUGAACACCAGCUUUUGUUUGUGUUUUUCCUAAACACUAAAUGUUUCUAACUUGGCACUUAACACUCGGCGAUCUGAGGGUCAAAAAAAUGACACUUUUGAGACUGGAAAUUAUAGGACGUUGUCAGUUUAGUUGACAUGAACUGUCAGAAUGUUUUGUGACACUGUGGGUACCUAAAGCUAUUUAUAAGUGCUUAUGCACAUGUUUUUGCAGAUAAAAUCUUACAGAAAGCUCCUUUUAUAAUGUUUUACAUUUCCUAAGCUUUAAAGCUAAACUGGAUAAUUUUACAUAAAGCACACUAAGCCUGAUUUGUCUGUUAUUUAGAAAUUGAUCACUGCUAAUCCUUUUGUUUUCAUCCAUCCUGCCAGCCUGAUGAAUGCAAAUGAGCCUGAAAGGUUUGGUGAAUGCAGCAUGGUGUGCUGGAGAAGAGUUGCACAACAUGUUUUAAUGAUCUUGAGCAUUUUUGGAAAAGGGUUAGCAGCGAAGUUCACAUGAUUUGUAUUUAACAGAAUUAAACGUAAUGCAAAUAAAACUUGACACUAAGAGCCAGCAGCUCAAUAAAAUCACACAUAAAAUUAUAAAUAAAAUCAUGGUCGCACACUUUAACGUGGUACGGUGGAUUAUGAACAUUAAAAAAUCACAUUUGGGAUGUAAAGAUAUCAUAAAACAUGUUUAUACUUUAUAACAGUUCAACAGAAAUGCUGAAAGUUGAGACAUUAAGGAAGUAAAACGAUAUUUCACGCCCACAUUGGUUCACGUUGGAUCUCCUGCAGCUGAGCAGCUUUGUAAAGCAGCAUGCUGAACUGUACCAAAUAUAGAAAGUCUGUUAUCGUACUGAACCUUUUCUCAUCACGGUGCAAUGCUCCAGCUGUAGUACUUCCAGCUUUUCUCAGUAUGUUUCAUAUUUCCAGACUGAAUAUUCGUCUCAUACUCAUGAACUGAAACUCAUAUGUUUUCUAUUAAAGGUAAAACAUGAAGGAUUUUCUCUAAAUGGGCUGUCAGCAAAUUAGCAGCGAUGAUGAUUAAUUCCUCUUCUGAAAUUAAAUGUUGUAGUUGCUAAUCAAACCUGUGACUUUUAGGAUACAUGACAACAUCUCAUUCCUGCCACUUCCUGUUCAUUGGUCUAAUUUUAAAUGUGCUCAGAUUAAAACUUAACUGAGUUACUUUUUAGAUAAAGCUCUUUUUUCACUAAUUAUUCAUUGAGUUUUCAAUGUAAAGGCAUAUUUAAAAUGCAGAUGAAUGAUCGGUUGACUAUUCCUUGUCCACUUCUUGUGGAACGGUUACAAAAGUCUGUUCUUCUUUAAAUAGCUGAAACAGAAGCGUUCUCUACAGUAACCUUUCCUGUUCACUGCUAGUUUAUUUUACGUAUGGUGUUUAUGUUGCUCACAGCCAUUACAAGACCGUCAGAGUCCAUUAAAUGUAAUUAGAUGUCAACUCAAAAUGCCAGCAAUACCAUUAUUGUGAUUGUCAAUGAUUUUCUCGAUUGAUUGACAGUUGUUUGGUCAAUAUCAUCAUCCCAAAACCCAAGACGACGUCCUCAACCAUCUUGUUUUGUCCACAACCCAGAGAUUCAGUUCACUGUCUUAAGGUGAUGAUACACGGAGCAACUUUUAGAGCAAUGUUGCUGUCAAUGGUAAUGAGUAACGAUUACUACUCCUGCCCGCACCGCCGCUCUGCGUUCAAAACAUAGUCGGACUUGCCACUAGCAAGAUUGUUCAGCAACAUUGCUCAAAAAGUUUCCCCGUGUAUCAUCAGCUUUAGGAGUGAAGAAAACAAAAAAUAUUCACACUUGCUGGGAUCCAAAAAUGUUUUCCAUGAAAAAUCUAAUUGAUAUAUUUUCAAAAUAGUGGACAACACAUUUAAUAGUUGACAACUAAUGGAUUAAUCGUUUGAGCUUUAAUCUGCUGUAAAAAGUAACAAAUGAAGCAACAAUUUGACAGUCAUGAAUGAAGUUAGGGGAAAUGUUCGCACUAUAUAUUUAAUAAACUAUUAGUGACAGAAAAUGUUGAUGGAAGUAAACGUUCACUAUUUUCUGCAGUUUGCAGACGCUGCAUUCAGCCAGCAGUUAAAAUGAUUCUCACUAGACAAUCACGCAGGUGGAGUAAAGAGUGAACAGUUUAGGUAAUGGUCAGUAUUUUUAUGUUGUUGGAAAAAUGUUUUUCAGCGUCAAUAUUUCUGUUGUUGUGAGUGGUAGCAUCCAAGGUUGGAGCAGGGUGGAUUUUUCAUUUCUAAUUUGAAGACACAAUGGAUCGUUUGCAGGUGUCAUCACGACUAAUUUGGUGGCAACUCGUCAAAGAGAAAAUUUCACAUGGUGCAUCUUUAAUUGGACUAUUUGUGGACACGUAAUGACUGUAACACUACUUUGUGUGUGUGUGUGAGGGAAAAAGACACACGAGGAAAGAGAUUCAUGAACUGCUUUGUAAGAGAUAUUUUGUGUAUAAUCAAACAUUCCAACUUUUUAAUACAAAUAAAACUUUCAGACAACAA